AUGCACAUAAACGCCACCAGACCGGCGAUGGCACCGACACGUGACUUAUCGCAGGCUUUCGGUGGACACCCGUCCAAAAUGCCAGUCCCUCCGCCCAGACGUAAACGCAAGGGACUCAUACUGUCCAGCAUUAAAGAUACGUUUGCGAGCACCGGGAACAUGUUGCGCCGAUUUGUGAGCAAUGAGAAAUUGCCUACCAGUGCCCCAUUGCCUGUUAGCCAGAUCAGACACGACGUGCCCUUAAUUCAAAGGCCUAUAGAGAUUAUAAGGCCGACUACCGGCGCCACAAGACUAUCGCCACAACAACUACAGUAUCAACAAAAUCAGACUCGAGUAGUGUUUCCCUCGUCUAUGGCUAAUAAUAAUCAUCGCAGCAAUGGUGUGAUAGUCAGACAGCUGACAGGACAGGGAGGUCAGUCCCAUACGUACGCCUUUUCUAGUAGAAAGUUGUCGGAACCACUACCAGCACCGCCGCCCCCUCCCAGGCCUCAACCCAUGCAACAGCUACAGCCGGUAUAUCAAAACCAACGCAAAAACUCCCUGCCCGUGGACAGGGGAACCGGUAGGUCAGCCUCACUGAAUCGCGUGUCAACCAGUAUAGGCGACCUCUCGGGUCAGCCCCGGUUAGCGGGACGUCCGGAAGGCAUACGAGUGGCCAACACACUCGACAACCGGCAGAACUGUUCGCUACAUAACCUACACGUUCACCGAUCCGUUGACGACAUCCCCCACAUGGCGUACCCACCGAUGGCCUAUCCCUGCGCACAACACCACCACCACUUCCACCAGCCGGGCCACUGCGGGGGCUAUCAUCCGUGGACUACCAGUUCCCUAAACAACUCCAUAGACGACAUGCGCUACGAUUACGACUCGGACGCCAGCGCCGGUGGCCCCGGUAGCCAAAUGGGAUACGACAGGCAUAACACGGCUAAUAUGAAACGCUGUCAGUCGGCCGUCCAAAUGCACACAUCCCUGUCCGCGGCCAGUGGUCAGUGUUCACCACUACCGCAGCCCAUGUGUUAUCCAUACCCAUGCUAUCCGUACGCGUGUAGUCCGUGCCCGGCGUCGCCACUGCCCACCGGGAUGUCAACCCCCGGCGCCCCCGCCCACCGGUCCAAGUCGUUCAACUUAGGCAGCCGGCCCUCGAGCGCCGACAACCUGUCGACCGCCAGUUCCCGUCGAUCGCGCGAUAGGAUGUCCUCUAAAGCCAAGGCUAAGGCCCAGAAUCGGGCGACGACUAAGACUACUGGUCACGGGUCGGGCGGAUCUGGCGGUGCGUUUAGCGCCGGCAGUGGUAGCGGAGGGGGCGGACAGUUGUCUGACUCCGGGGGCCGAUCGGCCACCACCUCGUCGUCCCGACAACAGAGCGAUUUCGACGACGAGGAGGACAGAGAGGACUUCUAUUCGGUCAGUGAUAAUGAGAGUACCGGCGAUGAUGGAGAUGACAGUCCCGGUGAGGCUAACACCGGCCCACCCGGCAAGUGGUCGUGUCGAUUCUGUACAUAUAUUAACGACAAUAAGAAUACCAUUUGCGAGAUAUGUAGCAAAACUCGUAAGACUUUCACGAAAAAGUCAGUCACUCGUCAAAAACCAGUCAAAAAUAAUGAUAAUAGUCGGCGAAAAUUAUCACAAAACGAGACCAAAGCUGGUGAUACUGGCGGCACUGAUAUCGGAUUCGAUGAUAAGAUAAUUAGGGAACAAAUGGCGAUCGAGAAAGAGCUGAUCCGACGUCUGGAGAACGAGAGACGUGUCGAUCGCGAGAAUGAGAAGAUCUCCAGACGCGAGGAGUACACCAGACCAUUCAAUCAAAUACCGCAACAUAUAACACAACCUCAACAACAGCCCACACCUACCAGUGCCCAGCAAUUCGGACACCCAUUCACUGAGCGCCGGCCCUCAUAUCCGCCUCAAUACAACACCAGUGGAUACGGAUAUCCGACACAGAAUCCUAUGUUAUCCCAGAAUCCAAUGCAACAACACAUGAAUCCAAUGAUGAACCCAAUGUUGAAUCCAAUGGUGAAUCCAAUGUCUCAAAUGUAUGCCGCGAACCCACUCCACAAUAUGUACGCAUUUAUGAAUGGCUCCCAAACGAGUCUCGACCGAUUUGGUUACCCCAUAGGCAGCAGCGCCGGUAGUAUUGCCGGUAGUGAUCAUAACUCGUAUAUCAAUCCACUGUUACCGCAAAUGUCAUCCCGGUAUUCAAGUUGUGAGAACUUGCAGUCUAUUAGUAGUAAUACGACGGUUGGGGACAGGAGUGGACAUAAGACUCAGAUGGAGUCGGGAUUACAGUUAAUACAACUGCUGAGAGAUGCCGAUAGGAAGGGCUACACCGCCGAUGACGUCGAGGUGGCCAUCAAUUUCAAAUGGUUGGACGAGAACUGGCAUAAUAUGUGCGAAACGGUGAUGACUCUGACCAACAACCAGAUCGUGCAAAACGAGACCAAAUCGGGUAACAAAAGGCCCGCCGAUUGGAACCUAUUAUCGGAAGAGGAGGCGCGGGUGGCCCUGAGGGGCACGAGAGGCAACAUAUGGCAGUCCAUCGAAAAGUGUGUCAAAUCCAAGCAACUGCCCAAACAGACGGUGGCCAACAAUACCGGUGCCAAUGGCGUAGCCGACAACCCAAAGACAUCCCUAUCCCUGGAGAUAUCGGGUAUGGGUUCCGGUAAAGAGAAUAAUGACUCGAAUGAACCAUUGAUUGGCCAAAGUUUGGAUCAAAUAAAUAAUUCCGAAACAAAACUCAAUGAUUACAUCGAAAAGCCAGUGAUAGUCGAAGAAAACGCUAUGAAUACAGAUAUUGUAGACCCGGAGCCGAUUGCCAGUUCCAGUAUUACAGGCGCUGCUGACCAGAAACAGAUGGAACAGUUACUGAGGGAAUGGAAGGCCGAAAAACAACUGUCCGAUCGACUCAGACAGCAGGAGAGGGAAAGGGAGAAAAUGCGAAAAAUACUGGAACUCCAGAAACGGCUGACCGAAUUCGACAGCGACUUAGAGGACAGUAGUGUCAGUACGGGUGCUGAUGGGGAAGACCUACCACUGGAUACUAUAGACACGUUAGAGGCAACGGACGGGCAGUUUAUAGACGUCACCGACAAUGAGCUACAAUUGGUUGGCGUCGAAGUGCUUCCCAUUAAUCUCAGCCGUAAGUCGAGCGCUGGUCAGUCGUCAGAUACCGGUGCCGAUAGGGAGGGCAUGAGCGAUGAGAUUGUAGAGAGCCUGGAGGGCAGGGAGUUUGAUGUGGUGGACAGGGAGUUGAAUGAGUAUUAUAGCGAUUACGAUAGACUGAGUGACGAGAGCGACGACGAGUUCGACAGAAUCGACGCCAGAAUUCAGCAAAAAUUAGACCAAAAUUACGGCAAUCGGAGCACAGAAUCGCGGAAUUUGUUUGAGAAUAUUCCCAUUGAGAGCCAGAAUUGUAUUCAAGAAAAUCCCAUUUAUAUGAAGGCCUCAGAGGCUGAAAAAAAUUCUGCCGAAAAGAGUAGAAAACAAUUAAAGAAACAAAAUUCUGUAGAAAAACGCGAUUCCGUUAAAUCAAAUAAACAGUCAAAACAAGAAUUUUCUGCAAACACUGCCAACGAGUCUAAUGACAAGCAAGUGAUUAAAGAAACCGAUUCUGAUGUCAAGAAUCAAACGAUUGAUAGGAAGAAAUUGCUUAAAGAGAUCGACAAUAGUAUGCGACAAAGUCUUGAGGAGAUCGAGCAGAUGGAGGAAUCCAUUGGGAACUUAUCCAGUGAUCCGAAGACUGUGAUUAGUGAUAUCCAGGAUAUUCUUGACACACAUCUACAGCCGAAUAUUAAACAAUCAAAGAAUUCCCCCAUAAAUAGGCUACUAUACGACGAGUCGUUCGGAUGGGCGCGCACUGACUACGAGUGCGAACUCUGUUGCAUAAUAUACCCCAUCGACGAGUUGGUGGCGAUGAUCGCCUGCACGCACAGCGCCUGUCGCCAGUGUCUACAGAAAUACCUGUGCGUCCAGAUCCGGGAGCGCCAACGGCUGGUCAUAUGCUGUCCCUUUUGCGACGAGCCGGCUAUAGGGCCCGAUGACGACGACAAGGUGUUCGACUACCUGGCCCUUCUCGAUCAGCUGGUCAGACACCACGUGCCCGCCGACGUGUAUGAGCUGUUUCAACGCAAAUGCAGGGAUAGGGCAUUGGUUAGGGAUCCCAACUUCCAGUGGUGUUCACAGUGUAGUUCCGGUUUCAUAGCGCCCAACCCACAGGCGCUGACACUCAUGUGCCCGGACUGUAAGAAUUUGACAUGCACCAAGUGCAAGAAAAAGUGGAAGAAACAACACUUCAACAUAACGUGCGAACAGUUCGCGGAGUGGGAGAGGGCUAACGACCCCACGUUCGCCGAACAACAACUGGACAAACACCUCAAGGAGUUCGGCAUCGACUGUCCCAAUUGUAAAUUCAAAUACCAGUUGGCGAAGGGCGGGUGUAUGCACUUCCGGUGCAUUCAGUGUUCGUACGACUUUUGCGGGGGUUGCCAACGGCCCUUCAAAAUGGGAAAUAGGUGUGGCGUGAGUCCAUUCUGCGAGAAACUGGGUCUCCAUUCACACCAUCCGCGCAAUUGUCUCUUCUAUCUGAGGGAUAAGGACACCGAAGACUUGCAGUCAUUACUCGACAAAAACGCCGUGAAAUACAAGACAAAGUUGGACUCCGACCACAAGAGCACCCGAUGCCCAGUGAUGGAGCAAAAGGACACCGACACCGGUAUGCGGGACGAGCCCUGUAACCGGUACGUGGAAAACGCCGGACUUUGCAGACUCCACUAUAAGGAGUACCUGGGUGAUUUGAUUUGGAGAAACCGGAUCGACCCGAUUCUGGUGUUCAACAUCGAUGAGCUGGAAUUGGCGCUCAAACGCGAGAAUAUUAGGCUUCCCUCGAAAAAUGUCGACCAGAAUAACACGUAUAAUAGGAAGGAAUAUAAGCAGAAUCUGAUUAAAAUGAUUGAAGAGACAAUUCCGCUUAAAUAUGAAUAAAUAUAAAGUGAUUAAAAAUGUUGAUAUUUUUUGGCGC